AUGAAUGUGCCAGUCAUCGUAGCGGCUCACUUGGGCUUUGGAACGGACAUCUGGGGUAUGCAACAAGAAGAUAUCACUCUCAGCUUGAAGUGGCUAUAUGUAGCCUACUUCAUGUACAUGAUCGCCGAGGCCUUGUGUCAGCUCUCGAUCCUUGCGUUCUACCUACGCAUCAUGAUCGACCCAAAGUCUCGUCUUGCCGUCUGGACCUUGCUCGUGCUGGUCGUUUGCUUCGGUGUCGCCAACGCAUUCUCCAUGGUCUUUCAAUGCACGCCAAUCCAUUUCUUCUGGAACGGCUGGAGAGGGGAGACAUCCGGACAGUGCAUCGACGUUCGUCUGUUCGGAUUUGUGCGAGGGGGAAUUGAGAUAUUCCUUGAUCUAGCCAUCCUAACUCUGCCUCUUCCCAUGUUGGCGGGACUUCAGAUGUCGAGGAAGAAGAAGCUUCAGAUCAUGUCCAUGUUCUGCGUCGGUUUCAUCAUCACGAUUGUCAGUUGCCUCCGCCUUUACGCAUUCGUGCAAUUUGCCAAUACACAAAACCCUACAUAUGACAACACUUCCGGUCUUUACUGGUGCGCAACAGAGUCGAAUCUUUUCACAAUUGUCGCCUGCAUGCCUGCGAUACGAAGUAUUUUUCAUAAGGGUUUCAACAAAGUCCGUGGCGUCAGCACGGAGGCGAGCGGGAACAACUAUGGUAGCAGUGGUGGUCUGGGCAGAGGGUCGUAUCUGCGGCAGGGUUCCGGGCGAGACCAGAAAUCUGGGAGCCUCCCAUUUGGUGUCAUUUCCAAGUCUGUCGAUGUGGAUGUUUACCGCACCCAACGAUCAGAUUCAGACAUCGAACUCGUGGAUGGACGGCCUCCCACAUAG